AUGGUCACCCCAACCAAUAAGAACCUAUUCACUUGGGCCUUGAAGACACCCCUUGGGAAACACAGACUAUGCCAAAGAAAACCAAUAUUUGGCGUGUUUGAAAAAAAAAAAUGUCCACCAGCUGCGGACGGUAUGGAGCGGUUUGCGUGCCCGACACCCGACCGACAAGGGCGCUACCGCUGCAUUGACGACCAUGUGUUGUGUGACGGCUUCAUCGACUGCCCCAGUGGCGAGGAUGAAGACCGACAGGCUUGCAUGUUCUACAAAACGACGAAAGCCCACCUAGAUGUCCUGGCCGACGCGCUACUGCGGUGGGCGCGUGGCCGCUAA